AGGAAGGAAUUCAAGAUCAUACCCAUCUUCCCUUUCCUUUUUCACAGACAUGCAUACCCACUUUGAAGGUUUUUUGUUCUGAGAGUUUCUGUCUUCGUUCGUACAUUCUCAACUCAUUCUGGCUAACAGGGCUAAGAGUAAGAUCAGCAGUUCCAACUUCACAUCGAUUUACUAUGGCUUUUUGGGGAGUUGAGGUGAAGCCUGGGCAACGUGUCCUUUCUAACUCAGAUGGUAAAAGACUUCGAAUUACUCAGGCGUCUUUGGGGAUUGGCAAUGCGACGGAAAAGACCAUUGUCCAAUGUAGUGUUGGGAGGAAGAGGAGACCAAUUAUCCUGUGUGCUUUGGUACCAUGUAAAGUUGAGUCAUGUCGUUUGGAGUUGGAGUUCGACGAGGUACACGACUUGAUCUUCUCAGUGAUCGGCCAGCAUAGUAUUCAUUUGACGGGUUAUUUUGUCCGUGACGAUAAACCUAUUUUUCCUGACAGUGAUUCAGAUCGAUAUGGAAUCAACAUUGAAGAAAGUGAAGGGGAUUCUUAUAACUCUGAAGAUGACGAAUACGAAGAUAGUUUUAUUGAUGAUAGCGAGCUACCAGUUUCGCCACCUUCCCCGAUAAGUUCGUCAUAUAUUUGAUGUUGAAUCUUGAUUAUGUGCUUAGUUUGUUUGAAAUUAUUAUGAUUUCGUAUAAAUAUUUUGUAGGUUUAGUCUCAUAUCCAUAAUAUUAGUUGGUCAGC